UCCCCCUCCCCCAGGCUCCCAGAACUCUCGCAACAAGCUUUGGAGCGAGGAAAACGAAGGUGUUAUUUCUCUCCGCCGUUCACUUAAUUGUGUGGGCUUGGGCCUCCGUUUCCUCAUCUGAAAAAUGGGCCGUGAAAGCCGACAUCAAGAAUUAACGAGACGGUGGUACAAGCCUCCGUGAGCCGGCCCCACACAGCCCUGCUGGGCCUGGGCCUGCUGCUCAUGCUGCUGCUGUACGUGGGGCUGCCAGGCCCCCCGGAGCACGCUUCCUGGCUCUGGGGAGACCCCAACGUCACAGUCCUGGCCGGUCUCACCCCUGGCAACUCCCCCAUCUUUUACCGCGAGGUGCUCCCGCUCCAGCGGGCGCGAAGGGUGGAGGUGGUGCUGCUCCACGGGAAAGCCUUCACCUCGCGCACGUGGGAGCGGCUGGGCACGCUGCAGCUGCUGGCGCACAGGGGCUACCGGGCCGUGGCCCUUGACCUCCCAGGUUUCGGGAACUCAGCACCGGCCAAGGAGGCGAGCACCGAGGCGGGGCGGGCGGAGCUGCUGGCGCGCGCGCUGCGGGGCCUGGAGGUGCGGAACGCGGUGCUGGUGAGCCCCUCGCUGAGCGGCCGCUAUGCCCUGCCCUUCCUGAUGCGGGACCACCCUCAGCUGCGCGGCUUCGUGCCCAUCGCACCCACCGCCACCCAGAACUACACGCGGGAGCAGUUCUGGGCCGUGAAGACCCCGACGCUCAUCCUGUACGGGGAGCUGGACCGCAUCCUGGCGCGGGAGUCCCUGCGGCAGCUCCGCCACCUGCCCCAGCACUCCGUGGUGAAGCUGCGCGACGCGGGGCACGCCUGCUACCUCCACCGGCCCGGGGACUUCCACCGGGCCCUCCUCGCCUUCCUGGACCAGCUGCCUUGAGCUCACCCGCCAGCUCGGAGGGUCUGGACCAACCCCCCGCCAGGAGGGCAGCCCCUGGGAUUGGAGGGCGGAGAGCCAGGCCCAGCCAGGGCCUCUCAUUUUCUCUCUCAGGCACAAUAAAUAAAAGCACUUUUGU